AUGGCCUUUGGAGACCAGGUCUACCUGUCCCUUUCCAUUAAAUUGGGAGACCUGGCCUCUGGAGACCAGGUCUACCCGGCCCUUUCCAUUAAAUUGGUAGACAUGGCCUCUGGCGACCAGGUCUACCUGUCCCUUUCCAUUAAAUUGGUAGACCUGGCCUCUGGAGACCAGGUCUACCUGGCCCUUUCCAUUAAAUUGGGAGACCUGGCCUCUGGAGAUCAGGUCUACCCGGCCCUUUCCAUUAAAUUGGGAGACCUGGCCUCUGGAGAUCAGGUCUACCUGGCCCUUUCCAUUAAAUUGACUAGCCCUGCUAAGGUGCAGAGAACGGCUCAGAAAAAGCAAGAAACUGGCUCUGAGCUUGAGAAAGGUGGCCCUACACUACAGGCAGCAGGUGUAGAGCAGACAGCUGGGGAAUUCCAGGGGUUCCCUUUGGGAAAAGCCAAGAAUGAAGAUGUCGAAGGAAUCUUGGGAGUUGGAGCUGGACCACAGUGGCAGGAGACAAGCCAUACAGCUGGGGAUUAUCAAAGGAAUGAGGAGGGUGAGGAACUGCAUCCUCUAUUGUCAGAUGAAGUCAAGAAUGAAGACUUGAGAGGCAACUUCCAAAAUCAAGAGGUGAAGCCUUUUCAAUGCUCGGAAUGCGGGAAGAGAUUCAUUUAUAGAAGCCAUCUUCAAAAACAUCUCAGAACCCACACAGGGGAGAAGCCUAUUGAAUGUUCAGUAUGUGGGAAGAGAUUCACUCAGAGUGGUGCUCUUCAAGAACAUCUAAGAACCCACACAGAGGAGAAGCAUUUUGAAUGCUCAGAGUGUGGGAAGAAAUUCAGUCGGAGUGGUGAUCUCCAAAAACAUCCAAGAACCCACACAGGGGAGAAGCCUUUUGAAUGCUCAGAAUGUGGGAAGAGAUUCAGUCUUAGUGGCAGUCUUCAAAAUCAUCUAAGAACCCACACAGAGGAGAAGCAUUUUGAAUGCUCAGAGUGUGGGAAGAGAUUCAAUCACAGUGGUAGUCUCCAAGGACAUCUAAGAACCCACACAGGGGAGAAGCCUUUUGAAUGCUCAGAGUGUUGGAGGAGAUUCAAUCACAAUGGCCGUCUUCAGGAACAUCUAAGAACUCACACAGGGGAGAAACCUUUUGAAUGCUCAGAGUGUGGGAGGAGAUUCAGUCAAAAAGGCUGUCUUCAAAAGCAUAUGAGAACCCACACAGGGGAGAAGCAUUUUCAAUGCUUAGAGUGUGGGAAGAGAUUCAUUCGCAGUGGCCAUCUUCAAGAACAUCUGCAAACCUACACAGGGGAGAAGCCAUUUGAAUGCUCAAAGUGUGGAAAGAAGUUCAGUCAGAAAGGCAGUCUUCAAGAACAUAUGAGAACCCACACAGGGGAGAAGCCAUUUGAAUGCUCAGAGUGUGGGAGGCGAUUCAACCAGUUUUCCAACCUUACUUCCCAUCAAAGGAUUCACACAGGGGAGAAAGCGUACAAAUGCCUGGAGUGUGGGAAAAGCUUCAUUCGGGGUUUCAGUCUUACUUCCCACCAAAGAGUUCACACAGGGGAGGAACCAUACAAAUGCCUAGAGUGUGGGAAAAGCUUCCGUCAUAGUUCUGGACUUCUUUACCAUCGAAGAAGUCACACAGGGGAGAAGCCAUAUCAAUGCCAGGAGUGUGGGAAAAGCUUCACUGACAAGUCCAGUCUUAAUUCCCAUCAAAGCAUUCAUACAGGGGAGAAAGCGUAUAAAUGCCCAGAGUGUGGAAAAACCUUUCGUCGAAGGGACAACCUUAUUUCCCAUCAAAGAAUUCACACAGGGGAGAAAGCAUACAAAUGCCUAGAGUGUGGGGAAAGUUUCAGUUACAGCUCAUACCUUUGUCUUCAUCAGAAAAUUCACACAGGGGAGAAAUCAUAUAAAUGCCCAGAGUGUGGAAAAACCUUCCAUCGAAGGGACACCCUUAUUUCCCAUCAAAGAAUUCACACUGGGGAAAAGCCAUAUAAAUGUCUGGAGUGUGGAAAAACCUUCAGUCGUGCUUCUGGUCUUACUUCCCAUCAAAGAAUUCAUACAGGGGAGAAACCAUAUAAAUGCCUGGAGUGUGGGAAAAGCUUCAGGAAGAGUUCAAGGCUUAAUGUUCAUCAGAAAAUUCACACAGGGGAGAAACCAUAUAAAUGUCUGGAGUGUGGAAAAAGCUUCCGUCAGCGUUCCGGACUUAUUUCCCAUAGAAGAAGUCACACAGGGGAGAAACCAUAUACAUGCCUGGAGUGUGGGAAAAGCUUCAGGAAGAGUUGCCACCUUACUUACCAUCAAAGAAUUCACUCAGGGGAGAAACCAUAUAAAUGUCGGGAGUGUGGGAAAGGCUUCAGUCUUGGCGGAAGCCUUACUUCCCAUCAAAGAAUUCACACGGGGGAGAAACCAUAUAAAUGCCUGGAGUGUGGGAAAACCUUCAGUCAGAGUUCCAGUCUUACUUCCCAUCGAAGAAUUCACACAGGGGAGAAACCAUAUAAAUGCCAGGAAUGUGAAAAAAGCUUCACUGUCAGUUCACACCUUAUUGUUCAUCAGAAAAUUCAUACAGGGGAGAAACCAUUUAAAUGCAUGGAGUGUGGGAAAAGCUUCACUAUCAGUUCACACCUUAUUGUUCAUCAGAAAAUUCAUACAGGGGAGAAACCAUUUAAAUGCAUGGAGUGUGGGAAAAGCUUCACUAUCAGUUCACACCUUAUUGUUCAUCAGAAAAUUCAUACAGGGGAGAAACCAUUUAAAUGCCUGGAGUGUGGGAAAGGCUUCUCGAAGAGAGGAAUCCUUACUUCCCAUCAAAGAAUUCAUGCAGAAGAGAAAACAGACCUUACUUCCCACCAUGCAUAA